UUGCUCCACGGCAUGUGGCAUCUUCCCGGACCCGGGCUCGAACCUGUAUUCCCUCCAUUGGUAGGCGGAUUUUUAACCACUGCACCACCAUGGAAGUCCUGAGUUGUGUGAUCUUUUUCAGUGUUGAUCUGAUGUUCAUCCCAUACUGUGUGUUUUUGCAUUUCAGAUAUUUAUACCAUCUCUAGAAGUUCCAUUUAGGUCUUUUUAAAGCUUCUAUUUCUCAUUAUGCUCAUGUUUCCCUCUACUUUCCUGAAUUUAUGAAGCAUGUUUAUAAUAUCUGUUUUAUUGUCCUUGUCUGAUAAUUCCUUUAUAUCUGUCACUUCUAGGUCAGUUGCUAUUGAUUGCUUUUUCUUAUGGUCAUAAGUCAUAUUUUCUCCUUUUUCACAUGCCUGGUAUAGCAGUUGUCAAUCCACCCUUCAUCGCCGGCUUGUGAUGCUGGAACAUUCCUCCCUUGCCAGCUAGCCUGAUACUAACCUUUGUCAGUGGAGGGCGCUGGAGGAGAAAGGGCCUGUCAUUCUGGUUCUUUGUGCUUUGCUCAUUCCUGUUUUGUGACAUUAGCUCACCCCCGGUGAAUUUCUGUGGCACCUUCUCAGGCAGCUUCCUAGCUGCAAAUUCAGCAGCACUGGCCUGGGUGCCAGCGAUGAGGCUCUUUAUAUAUUUCGAAGGGGGUAGGCACUUGCAUGGAACCCAGGCAAGUUCCAUGGGUACCCCAGCUGGCCUCCUGGCAGCUCUCUAGUGAGUUCAUCAGCACCUCCACCCUGGUGACUUCCUAGCACUCUCUGCAGACAGCUUCCCAGCUAAUUCUGUUGGCACCCUCUCAGGUGGCUUUCAGUUCCCAGCCUUGGCCUGGGACAGCCCAGUAAACUUCACCAUCCAGUGAGCUGUGAUCUCGCAGCUCUGAGUCGUUCUCUUGUAUACUUCCCUUCACCCUAGGGUAUUCUGUAGGGUUCUCUUUUGGUUCCUUUUAGUUAAUUCCCUAUAAAUAGUUAAUUCUUUAUAAUAAACUUCCCUUGUUUAAAAUACCAUGUGGUAUCUGUCCCCUGGCUGUACCCUGAUCGAUAGACCUGGCAAUUUCCUUAUUGGCUACUAGACAUUGUAAAUUUAUGUUGUUGGUUGCUGGGUUUUGUUGUAUUCCUUCAAGUAGUAUUAAUCUUGGUAUGGCACCCAGUUAAGUUCCUUGGCAUCAGUUGAUCCUUUAGAGGAUUGUUCCCGAGCUGAGUUAGGGUAGUCCAGAGCUGCCUUUGGUCUACAGCUAAUUUAGCCUCAUUACUAGGAGUGAUGCCCUUCUGAGGAUUCUACCCAAUACCCUGUGAAUGAGGAAGUCUUUCCAUGGUGGCUUGUGGGAACACAGUUUAUUCCUUCCUGUGUGAGCUCUGGGGAUUGUUCUGUCUGCUCCUUUCCAGGGGUUCUUGCCCCAGCCUCCUCACAUAGUUUUUCUUACACAGGUACAGAUUUGUCCUUAGCUGAAGACACGAGGGAAUCCUCUUUGGAUCCUGGAGCUCUGCUUUCUGUACAGCCCCCUGCUCCCCAACAUUUUGCUGUACACAUUCUAGCCACCUGGGCCUCCCUGACCUCCUCAGUGUCUCGUGCACUCAGGAGACAGCCAGGUCUGAGUUUCCCUUCCCUGCACUGUAGCCUAGAAACUGCCUCACCUAUGGCUGGUCAGUCAUAGGGCCCAGAGUUCCCUGGUGGUCCAGUGGUUAGGACUUGGCGCUUUCAUUGCUGUGGACCCAGGUUCAGUCCUGGUCGGGGAACUAAGAUCCCACAAGCCGCACGGUGCAACACCGCCCCCCUCCCCCCUGCCACAAACACACAAAAAUCAUAGGGCCUAGUGUGUUGGUGUCCCUUCUCCCUGGGAUCACUGUCCUGUACUUAUCCAGUGACUGAAAACCAUCACAUCAUCUCUUGUCCAGCUUUCUUGUUGUUUAGGGCCCCUGUUACUCCAUCUUGAAUGAGUGAAUAAACACACAAACAAAUGAAACAGCCUGAUGAAAUUUCAGGACAAGUUGGUACCCUGUAGCUAAGUUGACUGACGUUAUUAACGCUCCCUUUUUUCUUCUUUUUAAACCAGUCACGUGUGAAUGGGAGCAGCAAGAUGGCACAGGCUGUGAGGGAGUGACAUGGUGGCAGUCUGGAGUUGGCUCCCCAGCAAAUUUGCAUUUUACCAGCUUUCUGCACUGUGUCAUUUGUGGGCUGAGGCACCUGCGAAGAUCACUGCCUCCUCACAGGAGCUCAAGUGAGGAAACAGCCAAUCACCAAUGCAUUUGCAUAGGCCUCCUCUAUGGCCUGCUACAACUUCAGCAGUCUUUGGACGAUGGGGAGCCAGACCGACAAGGCACCUGCCUCAGGCCACUCUGGCCGAGGACCAGGUGGGAGGGCGCUGGACUGGGCUCAUUCCUGGCAUCCUGAGGUCAUUGCUGCUUCUGCCUGAGGCCCUGUCCCUUGACUGGCGGCUGUGCUUUUAUGCAGGCCCUGGGGAAGAGAGUCUGGAAAGCCAGCCUCACAGGUAAUGAAAACAGACUGCUUCUGGCAAUGGAGUAGCUUAUGGCAGACCAGUGCCUGACGAGGACUCAAGGAACUGACCAUAAUUCAGAAAGCAUCUGCUUGUAGGACUGGAGCACUACCCCAGCACCCGCAACUCAGAGGGGAGCUUGAAGAGUGAAAGGAGAAAAUUGCUACCGAAGAGUAUCAAUUCUUGAUUCUUGGCGGAAUUCCUGUUGUCUUUGUGAAAGUCAAGUUUCAGAAUGAGGGGUGCCAGGCUGAUGGGGGUGCUGCUCACCCUGGCUGGCCUGCUGCAGCAGGCCCUGUCCCUGAGAAUAGCAGCCUUCAACAUCCGGACUUUUGGGGAGACCAAGAUGUCCAAUGCUACCCUCUCCAACUACAUUGUGCAGAUCCUGAGUCGCUAUGAUAUCGCCCUCGUCCAGGAGGUCAGAGACAACCAACUGAUGGCCGUAGGGAGGCUGCUGGACAAACUCAACCAGGAUGACCCAAACACCUAUCACUUUGUGGUCAGUGAGCCGCUGGGACGCAACAGCUACAAGGAGCGCUACCUCUUCCUGUUCAGACCCGACCAGGUUUCCGUGCUGGACAGCUACCAGUACGAUGAUGGCUGUGAGCCCUGUGGGAAUGACAGCUUCAGCCGAGAGCCAGCUGUGGUCAAGUUCUCCUCCCCCUUCACACAGAUCAAGGAGUUUGCCAUUGUUCCCCUGCAUGCGGCCCCAUCGGAUGCGGUGGCUGAGAUCGACUCUCUCUAUGAUGUCUACCUGGAUGUCUGGCAGAAGUGGGACUUGGAGGACAUCAUGUUGAUGGGUGAUUUCAAUGCUGGCUGCAGCUACGUGACCCCCUCGCAGUGGUCAUCCAUCCGCCUGCGCAGGAGCCCCCCCUUCCAGUGGCUGAUUCCUGACACUGCCGACACCACCGUUACAUCCACGCACUGUGCCUACGACAGGAUCGUGGUUGCAGGACCUCUGCUCCAAGAUGCUGUGGUUCCCAACUCAGCUGCUCCCUUUGACUUCCAAGCUGCAUACGGAUUGAGUGACCAGAUCGCCCUAGCCAUCAGCGACCAUUACCCGGUGGAGGUGAUGCUGAAGAGAGCCUGACGUGAGUGGGGCCUGGCCAGCGACCUCCGCUCUGCAGCCUGUCGCCAAGAACUGAGACGACACAGCCAAAGGCUGGGGACAGAGUUUAGGAAACCAG